AUGAGGAGGAGCCGACACCGCGCAAAUAUGGGACUUCCCAUGGUUUACAGAUGGCUUGUAUUCACAGUAGUGGUGCCCACCUGGCUGCUCGCUGCUCCAAGCGCCAUCCGUGAGCGUCCCUGCCCCCAGAGCUGUAGGUGUGAUGGGAAAAUAAUAUACUGCGAAUCCAAUGCCUUCCAUGGCGUGCCAAGCAAUGUGUCUGUAGGCACACAGGGUCUGUCCCUGCGCUACAACAGCCUCAUGGACCUCAGAGCUCACCAGUUUGCAGGACUGAGUCAACUGGUUUGGCUCUACCUUGACCAUAACUACAUCAGUGCUGUGGACGGCCAGGCUUUCCAUGGGAUACGCAGGCUCAAAGAACUGAUUCUGAGCUCGAAUAAGAUUACACAGCUAGAAAACAAUACAUUUCAUGACGUUCCCAAUUUACGUAAUCUGGACCUUUCCUACAAUAAACUGCAGGUUCUCCAACCCAAGCAAUUCGUGGGUCUACGGAAGCUGCUGAGUUUACACUUGAGGUCAAAUUCCUUAAAAACUGUCCCAAUGCGAGUUUUCCUUGACUGUCGCAACCUGGAGUUUCUUGAUAUCGGCUACAACAGGCUACGGAGCCUCACACGUAAUGCCUUUGCAGGGCUCCUUAAACUCAUCGAGCUUCAUCUGGAGCACAACCAGUUCUCCAAGAUAAACUUUGCUCAUUUCCCUCGCCUGACUAACCUGAGGGCGCUCUAUUUACAAUGGAACCGUAUCAAGCUGCUAACCCAGGGCCUGCCAUGGAUGUGGACUUCCUUGCAAAAGCUGGAUCUUUCUGGAAAUGAUCUCCAAGAACUGGAGCCAAGUACAUUUCAAUGCCUCCCUAAUCUUCAGACACUUAAUCUGGACUCCAACAAACUCACCAAUGUGUCUCAGCAGACGGCGGAGACUUGGAUCUCCCUCACUACCAUCAGUCUGGCUGGUAAUUUGUGGUACUGUAACCCUAACAUCUGUCCCCUGGUGGCCUGGCUCAAGGCCUUUAAGGGUAACAAGGAGACCACUCUGAUUUGUGCCGCCCCUAAGGAGGCACAAGGGGAGAAAGUGACUGAUGUGGUGGAGUCCUAUAAAAUCUGUACAGCGACACCGAGUCCCUUCCCGUCGACAACAUCGCCCCUCACUUCUUCGUUUCCAGCUGAGUUGCUGCCUCUUUCUACGCUGUCUGUGCUGGACAAGACGCUGACCUGGAACAGGACAGCCUCCCCAGCUUCGUCCGAGGUCUCCCCCACUAUCCCCCUGCCAGACACUGAGUUUGUGUCCUUCCACAAGAUCAUAGCUGGUAGCGUGGCUCUCCUCUUAUCUGUGGCUAUUAUUCUGCUGGUGAUCUAUGUGUCAUGGAAGCGCUAUCCCAGCAGUAUCAAGCAGCUUCAGCAGCGCUCAACGGUUAAAAAGCGCCAGAAAAAGGCUCGGGAGACUGAGCGCUCCCUUAAUUCCCCCCUGCAAGAGUACUAUGUGGACUACAAACCUUCACACUCAGAGACUAUGGAUGUGCUGGUUAAUGGGACAGGACCUUACACAUACACCAUCUCAGGCUCCAGGGAAUGCGAGAUACCACGGCAGCUGAGUGCUCUGACGUUGUACAGGUGUGAGCCGUCACUCCUGGAUUACUGCCAUGCCCACCUGUCGCUGCAGCUCAACGUGGGCAUGGAACCCCCAACUCAGGCGCCUGGAGGUCCGGGGCCAGCCGAGUACCACCCGGGCAUAAUCCCCUCCAAGCCUGUGCUGCCUUGCCCCCAGACCCACUCCCUCCACCAGUGAGCUGUGCACACUGUGAUUCAAUGUGUCCAAAAUACUGUCCGUGUGCUGCACACAAUCAGUGGACCACCCAAAUGAGACACCAGUCUGCGUGGGAGGGAACUGGGACUGGUAAAGAAGCAAAAGAGACAAUUCAUGCAACGCAGAACAUCCUGGAACCAGGGUAAUGAAAAUUCAAAUAUUUCUCCCUGGAACUAACGGGGUAGAGCGGUAUUGAUGAGUGAGCAUAUGACCUGCUUGACCCGCAAUGUCCUCAAUUAGUAAGGAUGCUGAACAGCAGCAUGACUUUCCACGCUCUGCCCUGCCUCUUAAGGAGUACUAAGGAUAAUAAUUGAAUGAUUCCUUAAUCUCAUUAAACAUAUUUCCUCAACCUCUCCUAAUCUGGGCACCUCUUGGCUUUACGUCAGGUAAAGUAAUCAAAUGCAAAAUGCUAUAAACAGACCAGGGAAACAGCACGAUAAGCAAAUAAGUGGCAGAACAAAUGAAAGAUCAGCCAAGCUAAGACGUCUUCUGCUGCUUUUUCUAAUCACGCUGUCAGUAAGAGGUCCCUCCCUGACUCAAGUCCCUGUAGCGUUUUUCAACUUGAGAAAUGAGCCACUCAAAUGCAAUUACCCGAGACGAGAGAAACGAGUCAGAAAAAAGUGGACACUAAUUGUCAAAUACAAUGUACAGCCUAUACAUCUUGCUGGCAGUAAGUAUAAAUUACAUGGUGACUUUUGAUUUCUUUAAUGAUUUGUGAUGUGGAUCACAUUAUGAUUCAUUUAAUCAAGCUGAGAGACGAAGAAACGGAAAAUAAACACAGAGAACAGAUCUUGCUGCGCUGGGACGUGCAGAUAUUUACUUUCAUCAACCAUUUUAAUGACUUGUAGUUAAUGGUUUUUGUUCUUGAAAAUGUGAUAUUCAACAAAUUAUCUGACUCAUAUACCCAGAUGUGUGGUUUUUACGAGAUGUUAUAUGAUCAUAUUUGGUAAAUAAACUGUGUUAAGUGACCAGUAACAGUAUCUUUCAUCAGGAUCGGUGGUAUCAGCCCAAACAACUGUCUGCUGUAUUUAGACAGUGCGUAGGAGGCUGGAGCGACUGAAGAGCACAGCACUGAAGGCAAGACUGUAUAAUAAUGAUGCCCGAGUGAUCAAGACCCUGAUGGUACCUUUCACUUGCUUUUUUCCUCCUCCUGUGACCGUCUGUGACUGUUAUCUGAUGUAAAACGGUGUAUUCAACUCAUGGGCUUUUAUACCAGGGAAGCAGCCUGUGUUCAACACGGUACCCAAUUAAGGUUUUGAAUAUCAAUAGACAGCGACUCCAUGUUCUUCACACAUGCACAACACAGUAGGCCAUUAAAAGUUAAAAGAUAAAAUUGGAACAUUUGUCGGCAGAGAAUUGACCGCUAGCUAAACCCUUCUCCUGAACAGUAAUAGUCCAGUCAUAGCAGAUCUUUCAAGGUUUAAAUGUCCGCACAUGUUGAAACAUUGUGCCUUGACCUGUAACGCACCAUAUUAGAGUUAGACAAUUUUGACAAGUUUAAUUUAGUUUAAAAAAAAACUGAAACAAGAUCAAAAAUGUCCCCAGCAUUAACCCUAACCCUCUUCAACUGUGUUUUUAUCUGCUGUAUGUAAAAAAAAUGCACAUGUUAGUUUACCUGACUAAAUAGCGUAUUAGCUAGACAGGUACUGAUCAUACUUCCAGAGACCAAGGAGCUUUUUAUUAGUUAACUAAGAUGGAGUCUACUUCCUCCCAAUAUUCACAGUCUACGCGUUCACGUUGAUGCACUCGCUUCACGGAUCAAGAGUCAGUCUUCUCUGUCAGUCAUGAUGUUUCACCCCAAUAGCCUCAAAUAACAAAAUAAAAGCAUAUGCCAGAAAUAUGAGCAUUUGAACAAGCAUCAGUCUUAUAAGAGCUAUACCUAAAAUGACCAAAACCCUCUUUGAUAAAUAUGUAAUUGACUUUUUAGUUUGGUCCAUGUCCCAGCCACUAAUAUGAAGGAGGAAAGGUUUAAGGCUUACACUGCAGAUGUAUUUUGGCUUCACUUUUGUAAGCUGUCAUGUCGUCCAUCUUUUUUUCCAGUGUAUGCUAUUUACCCACUGCAUGGAAGCCAGUCUUGGAUGCUGACCUAGUGAAGUAACGUUAUUAGCUCUGUCCUCUCUGUAUUUUUCAACAGCUGUUGUGCUGUUGGAUUUAGGGUCAUCAUACAGUUACAUCUACCAAAUCCUCCACCAGAGAGAUCAUUAUUUUCAGCACCGUCCUCUUCUGAAUUUCGCUUUUUAGGUUAAAAGUGACACAUACUUUACUUCACACUAGUUCAAAAAUACAAUCAAUAAAGCAUUAAUAUAACUUAUGUCUUGCUUUGCAUAAACAACACUGUUAUGUCAGAUUUGUUAUAAAAAUAUAUCCAAGACAAGGGCUAACUUGAUACACUAUAAGAACUACUAAAUUUCUUGAUUUCUACAUUUGCAUUGAUUAUUUGCUGGUGAGGAUUCUGAAGUUUAGCCUGAGAUAACAAGCUUCGGCUUCAGUGAUUUAGUAGAAUUUUAUAUCCGGCUGUGUACACAAUCAAAUUUGCAAUAACAUUUAAAUGUUGCUAACAACAUCAUUUCAACAGGGAAAAAUCAAUAUUCACCGUAACGACAUGAGAGGCUUAUUUUGUGUUCUACUGUUUAAAUCACGGACCUAUUUAUUGAAUUACCAAGAACAGUAGCAAUUAAAUCUGCCCAAUUAUCACUGAAAAGUUUAGCCAGCGGUCAAUUAUAUAGUGCUGAAUGUCUUUUCACAAUGUUUCUUUGGUCAUCAAACAAACUGCUUAUGAACAUGUGACAUAAGGCAUCAAUAUCUUUCAUAUUGAUGAAUUUAUCACAUAUUUGCUUUUUUGAAUUUUAUAGAGAAUUCAUUUCCUUUUAUUUCCUGAGGGGGACAUAACAUGUUGAGGGAUGUACAAUAUUCUGCUACAUUUCAAGGUCAUUGUCAAGGCUCUGUCAAUCAUGCAUAAAGUGUAAUCUGAAUAUUUUAAAGCUGAUUGUG